UUUCAAUGUUUAUGUGUAUUGGCCUAAUACUCUUCUGUUGUACUCAGACAUUACUGCACCACUCACACCUGUACCAUGAAGCUACACACUCAUCUGCCAAUUGGUUUAAGUUUCCUUCUGUUGAGGUUGAUUUACCUGCCUUGAUGGCCCAAAAAGAUGAAGUUGUGUCUGACUUAACAAAAGGUAUUGAGGGUCUAUUCAAAAAGAACAAAGUGAACUAUGUGAAGGGAUAUGGUAAGUUCUUCUCACCUUCAGAAAUUACCGUGGACACUAUUGAUGGAGGUGAAACUGUUGUCAAAGGGAAAAGUAUUAUAAUUGCCACUGGUUCUGACGUCAAAGGUCUUCCUGGGAUAACCAUUGAUGAGGAAAGAAUUGUAUCAUCUACUGGCGCUUUAGCAUUAAAGGAAAUUCCUAAGAAGCUAGUGGUUAUUGGAGCUGGGUAUAUUGGACUCGAAAUGGGCUCUGUCUGGGGCCGACUUGGCUCAGAGGUCACUGUUGUUGAAUUUGCACCUGAUAUUGUUCCUAGCAUGGAUGGUGAAGUUCGCAGACAAUUUCAACGUACCCUUGAGAAGCAGAAGAUGAAAUUUAUGCUUAAAACUAAGGUGGUCUCAGUUGACAGUUCAGGUGAUGGUGUUAAGUUGACACUUGAACCGGCAGCUGGUGGUGAUCAGACUGUUCUUGAAGCUGAUGUUGUUCUUGUUUCUGCUGGUAGAACUCCAUUUACUGCAGGGCUUCAAUUGGACAAAAUAGGAGUUGAAACUGACAAGAUUGGUAGAAUCUUGGUUAAUGGACGCUUUGCCACUACUGUACCUGGGGUCUAUGCCAUUGGUGAUGUUAUUCCAGGGCCUAUGUUGGCCCACAAGGCAAUGAAAGAUGGUGUCGCAUGUGUGGAAUGCAUUGCAGGCAAGGAAGGCCACUUGGACUAUGAUAUGUGCCCAGCGGUUGUGUACACACACCCUGAGGUGGCCUCAGUAGGAAAAACCGAGGAACAAGUGAAGGCACUUGGAGUCAGUUAUCGUGUUGGGAAGUUCCCUUUCAUGGCAAACGGCAGGGCCAAGGCAAUUAGUGAUGCUGAGGGUUUAGUCAAGAUCCUCGUUGAGAAGGAAACCGACAAAAUAUUGGGCGCCCACAUAAUGGCAUCAAACGCAGGAGAGCUCAUCCACGAGGUCAUGCUUGGAGGAUCUAGCGAGGACCUCGCUCGUAAAUGGCAUGCCCAUCCAACAAUGAUCGAGGCUGUUAAAGAAGCUGCCAUUGCCACUUAUGACAAGCCAAUGCACAUUUAGAAAGUUGAUAUA